UGGCAUCGCCUUUCCCUCCUUUCCCCCACAUCUCACCCCACACACACUCUCUCUCCAACUACGAACUAUUUUCUGUUUACCAAAGGAAUCCAGAUGAAUCCAUAAACCCUAACAGCAUUGCAAUUGAUACUAGUAGCGAUGCACGACAUGUUCGGAUCAGUCCGUCGAUCUCUGGUUUUUCGUACUCCCGACGGCGGCGAUCCCGGAACCCUAGCCGACAAAAUCCAUUCAUGUAUUCGCAAGUCAAGAGUUUUCUCUAGAACUUCCUCAUUUCUGCCUUCACCUCCACGGGUGGUAAAAGAGAAUGAUGAGAAAGCUCCUACUAUCCGGUGGCGUAAGGGUGAAUUGAUUGGGUGCGGGGCUUUUGGUCAAGUGUAUAUGGGCAUGAAUCUCGAUUCUGGAGAGCUUCUUGCUGUUAAACAGGUUUCAAUUGCUGUUAACAGUGCGUCUAAAGAGAAGACUCAGGUUCACAUAAGGGAGCUUGAAGAAGAAGUGAAGCUUCUUAAGAAUCUUUCUCAUGCAAACAUUGUUAGAUAUCUUGGAACAGUAAGAGAGGAGGAAACUUUAAAUAUUCUUUUGGAAUUUGUUCCUGGAGGAUCAAUUUCAUCUCUUUUAGGCAAAUUUGGACCCUUCCCUGAAGCAGUCAUAAGAAUGUACACAAAACAAUUGUUAUUGGGGCUUGAUUACUUGCACAAGAAUGGGAUAAUGCAUCGCGAUAUUAAGGGGGCAAACAUUCUUGUUGACAAUAAAGGAUGCAUCAAACUAGCGGAUUUUGGUGCAUCAAAACAAGUUGUUGAACUGGCUAAUGGGUCAGGUGCAAAGUCAAUGAAGGGAACACCAUAUUGGAUGGCUCCUGAAGUUAUACUUCAGACUGGUCAUAGCUUCUCUGCUGACAUAUGGAGUGUUGGGUGUACGAUAAUUGAGAUGGCUACAGGAAAGCCUCCCUGGAGCCAACAAUAUCAACAAGAGGUUACAGCUCUGUUUUAUAUUGGCACUACAAAGUCUCAUCCACCUAUUCCUGACAAUCUUUCUUUCGAGGCACAAGAUUUACUUCUCAAAUGCUUACACAAGGAACCUGAGAUGAGGCCUUCUGCUUCUGAUUUGUUACAGCAUCCUUUUGUUACAGGGAAAUCUCAGCCAAAUUCUCAUGUUGCUACUCCAACAAUGGAAAAUAUUGAAGCUCCUUCCACUUCAUGCUCAAGCAUUCUGGAUAACUCCCCUGGUUCCAUGUGUAAUCUGGGCACUAUCAACUUCUCUGCUGUGAAUUUUGAAGAAAGUAAACUUGAGUGGAGACCAGAUAACACUGAUAAUGACAUGUGUCAGAUGGAUGACAUCAAUAAGAGUUUCAACCCUAUGGAAGAACCUUCUGUUAACGAGAGUUGCAUACUAAAAGAACAAGGAACCUUGGACAUUGAACAAUGUUUCGAAGGAGUUGUUGGUGACGUGGUCCAAUCCCCAAGCGACAGCUGUACUUCUUUUCAAAUUAGCCGAUCCCUCUCUGAGGACGAUGAUGAGCUAACUGAAUCCAAAAUAAGAUCGUUUCUGGAUGACAAGGCAUUAGAACUAAAAAGACUUCAAACACCAUUAUAUGAAGAGUUCUACAACAGUGUAAUCCCUUCCUGUUCCAUAGACAAUAAUACUGAAACAUCCACCAAUGGAGGAGGAGGCUCUCCAAAUUACUUAAAACUCCCCCCAAAAAACAGGUCUCCAAAUCCUCCUUAUAAACCAGUUGAUGUUGCAAGUAAUUCAAGCCCUAUGAGUGGUGGUGAAGAAAGCACUCAUACUCAUAGUCCAAUGGACCUUUCCUCACCACAGUGUAAUAAUGAUCUCACAGGAGCAGAAUCUCAACAACCAAACACCAAUCCCGGUGUGGAUUUUUCACAAGUACAGAGAAAGUGGAAGGAAGAGCUGGAUCAAGAGCUUGAGAGAAAACGAGAGAUGAUGAGGCAAGUGGGUGUUGGGGGAAAGACAUCUUCACCAAUAGAUAGAGGAUCAAAUCGACAAAGAGAUAAGUCAAGAUUUGCAUCUCCGGGGAAAUGAUUAAAUAUGCCUUUCUUUUUUGUGUGAAGGAGAUUAAUAAAGCAUAAAUGUUUUCAAACUCUAGGUUUGAAAAUGAAAGCUUUCCAUCCCUUGUGCC